AAUCUUUUUUUGUUUCUUCCUUUUUUUUCUCUUUUUUUCAUCUAUAGUUUUUUUUUAAAAAAAGAUGUCUGCACCAUUACCUCAAGGCUGGGAAGAAAAGUUUACCCCUGAAGGCAGACCAUAUUACAUUAACCACAAUACCAAAUCCACGCAUUGGGAAAGACCUGCUUUUACCGGUGCUUAUAACACACCUCCUCCUCCUCAAGCACCUCCUGCCGGUUAUCCCAGCGGCGGUGGUGGCGGAUACCCUGCCACGCCACCCGCACCUCACGAUAGAAGUGCCCAAUACCCUCCCCAACCACAAGCUUAUGGCGGUAGUCCUUAUCAAGCACCCCAACAACCUUACGGCAACGCCUAUCCUCCCCAACCUCAACAACAACCUUACGGAGCCCCACCUCAACAACAACAACCUUAUGGAGCCCCACCUCAACAAUAUGGCACUCCCCCUCAACAACAUGGAUCUCCAUACGGCGCCCCUCCUCAACAACAACAACCUUACGGCGCCCCUCCUCAACAACAACAAUCACCUUAUGGUGCACCACCUCAACAACAUGGAUCUCCAUAUGGCGCCCCACCUCAACAACCUUACGGUGCCCCCCCUCAACAACAUGGAUCUCCUUAUGGCGCCCCACAACAAGCCUAUGGUCAUGAACAACAAAGAGGACAACAAUACCCUCCUCCUCCUCAACAAAACCAAAGUUAUGGCGGUGCUCCUGCUGCUGCACGUCCACCUUAUGGUGCUCCAUCACCUUACGGUGCUCCUCCCACCGCACAAUCACCUUACGGCGCACCUCCUCAACAAUCACCUUACGGUGCACCUCCUACCGUACCUCAAAAUAAGCCCGGUAUGUCAUCUGGUAUGAAGAUGGCCGGUGCAGCGGCACUUGGUGUUGCUGGUGGACUUGCCGUGGGAAGUAUUAUGAAUCACGAACAAGAGCAAAGUGACCGUAUUGAUCGUUUAGAGCAAGAACAACAACAACAAGACCACUCUGGCUAUAAUGGAGGAGGAUACAGUCAACCCCCUCCCCCACCAGCACCUAUGGAACAACCUCCCAUGGAUUAUGGUAACAAUUAUAGUGGAGGAUACGGUAAUUACGAGCCUCAAAAUGAUUACAAUGGUGGUGCGGACCAGGUCACCAGUACCAGUGUCGUGACUGAAAAUAAUCAUUGGUGGCAAGCCGAUACCCAAGUUGAAACAACCACCUAUGCUGAUGGAAGUCAACAAGUGAUUGAGAGAAAGGAUGGUUUCUUUGAUAACGAUGUGGAAGUUACAAACACAGAUAAUCAAGGACAUACUACCUAUGAGGAAUAUGAUGAAGACAAUAGUGGAUUCUUUGAUUAAAUUUAAACUUGUAGCCAAUCAAGCAUGAUAAAUCUAUAAAUAAAAACAAAAUAAAUUCAAAUUUCCCAAA